AUGGCGAGCUCGAACGACGCCGCGCCUCUGGCCGCCAACGCCCCAGCAGAGGCCGUGGGCGAGUACGUUUCAGAGGGCAAUCCGUUCAACUUGCCUUCUCUAGAGGAGCUCGAGGCCUCGAUGUGCGACCCCAAGACGAGCAUCGUGACGAAGAUGGCGAAUCUCUUUUCCAUCAAAAAGCACGGAGGCCCGAAAGCGGUGAACGUGAUCAUCUCGUCUCUCGAAAACGAAAAGGGAUCCGUUCUUUUCAGACAUGAGGCCGCGUACGUCCUCGGUCAGCUGGGGAGCCGCGACGCGAGUGCGAGGCUAGAACAGCUGCUCAAAGACAGACACGAAGACGAGAUGGUCAGACACGAGGCAGCGGAAGCUCUGAGCGCCAUCGGCAGCGGCACGUCUCUUCCAGUGCUCGAACAGACGCUCCACGACGCGGCGACGCCGCUGCCUGUGCGUGAGACGUGCGAGUUGGCUGUGGAGGCACUCAAACGCAAAAUGCAGAGUCAGAGGCAGCGCGCAACGGCCCCUGAGCCAGACUCCGAGGCUCCGCGCGAGAGCGAGGGGACGGCGGUGGCUGCCGAGGGCGACGGCGCUUGGUGGGAACGCAGCGAAGAAGACAGCUUGUACCGCGACCCCGCCUUCAACACCAUCGACCCCUCGGAGCCGUACCCCAACUGCUCGGCUAAGGACUUGCCCUGGCUCGCCGCACAGCUCAUGAACGAAAAGGAAAAACUCUGGAACCGCUACCGCGCUCUUUUUACGCUGCGGAACUUGGACAGCUCAGCGGCGAUGGCUGUUCUCUCGGUUGCGCUGGCGCGCGACACGUCUUCGGCGCUUCUGCGCCACGAGAUCGCGUUUGUCCUCGGUCAGCUGCGCCUGUCGCACUCGUCGUCUGUCUCUGCCGGCGCUGCAGAAAAGCGCGAAGAUGCGGCGGCAGAGGACGCGGAGAACGAGGCGGCCGCGCAGAGGGACUGCGCCCCGCCAGACCCCAGCCUGGAGCCGUUUUUCUUCCCGAAAGCAGAAGAAAGGGAGGUGCUGGACAAACGCGCGGCGUGCGUCGCCGUCGAGGCGCUCGCGGACUGCCUUCAAAACGCCCGCGAACACCCCAUGGCCAGGCACGAGGCGGCGCUCGCCCUCGGCUCGCUGGGCGCCUCUCCCGAGGCCAGCGACGUGCAGUGGAAGGGCGGGAAGCGAAAUGUGCAGGAGGCAGUCAUUGAGUUCCUGCAAAAAUACCGCAACGACCCUGAUCGCGUCGUGAGCGAGAGUUGCCUCGUGGGCUUGGACUGCAUGCAGGACGAGCUGGGCCUCGAGCUGGGCGUCUACUAG